AUGGCUGCGGGAGGCUCCUCCUCCCCGUUCAUUAAAAAGGAGAAUUUUUACGGCGUUUUCGACGACACUUCGCCCGGCCUCAGCCCGUCGUAUAUAACGUUGUCGCCCGGCCUCAGCCCGUCGGCGCUCUUCGAUUUGGAUCCUCCGGUCAUGCUACCGAAUGAUGAGGCACAAUUGUCUCCAACGACUGGAACAUUUUAUUCUGCUCCAAAUCGUGAGAAUUUGAAUAUUAGUAGCGAAGGGAUGGAGAUUUGUUAUGAGGAAAACGAUUUAAUGGCUGAUGAUGUUUAUAAGGAAUUUGAGUAUCCAAAGGAAUGUCUAGACACCAGUAGAGACGAAUCGAUGAUGGACGAUUCGAACGCAAACAUCGACUACGAGCAGCAAAAGGCGAAAGACGCGACGAAGAACUCAGACGACGGAUUCUACUGGCGAAAAUACGGACAAAAGCACGUGAAAGGAAGCGAGUAUCCGCGAAGCUACUACAAAUGCACGAGCACAAAGUGCCCCGUGACGAAGAAGGUCGAGCGCUCCCAUGAAGGCCACGUGGCGGAGAUUGUGUACAAGGGCAGUCACAAUCACCCCCAGCCUAAGCCGGUGCCCCAACCUUCGCUGCAAGAUGCCGGCUCGUUAUCCGUGCAUAAUCACGACGCUUCUUUCAAUGACUUCCCCGACCCCCCGGCCGCCUUCUCGGACAACGCCGGCUUUAACGAGGAGCUUGAUGAUGCUGAGUUCGAGACCGCCAGGAAACGGAAGAGAGAUAUUGAGUCGGCUGCCGCGACGAGGUCGACCGCCCGGGAAGGUAACAAGGUGGUUGUCCAGCUAGAGAGCGAUGUCGACAUUCUUGAAGAUGGCUAUAGAUGGAGAAAAUAUGGCCAAAAAGUUGUCAAAGGAAAUCCAAAUCCCAGAAGCUACUACAAGUGCACGGCACCGAAUUGUACCGUGCGGAAGCACGUGGAGAGAGCUGCGGACGACAUUAAGUCGGUGAUCACGACCUACGACGGCAAGCACACCCACGCCGUUCCUUCGAGCAGAACAGGCAUAAACACCGAGGGUGCGGCCUCGCCAUUGCCAAAACCAGCCGUGAAACAGGUGGCUCAACAAGAUCUGCCCUUGUACUUGGACAGAAAGCCAAUGCCGUUCGACUACGCUAGCUUGGGCGGAGGAGAUCUCGGCUUCGGAGGCGCUUCACCUUAUACAUUCAACUUUCCUUCGUUCCACUCCAUGCCUUAUGCCUCUGUUGUCCCAAUGAAGCCCUACUAUUCGAAUCUUUAUCCCGAGUAUAUGCCAAUGCCAGUGGCGACGCCCGUGUCAAUGCCAAUGACAAUGUCGUCGUCCACUGUGUCAAUAUCGUCGUCCACGUUGUCAUCGACAUUGUCUCAUACGCCACCCUACCAUUACGGAGGCGAUGCGACUCACCAACUCCAACCAAAGGAGGAGCUGCAGGAUGAACUCUAUCGUAGUUGCCUAAACAUGCCCAAAGGAGGAGCUGCAGGAUGA